AUGGCACUAAAGACCAGCAAGAUAAUUAAGAUUGGCGUAUGGGUUCUAGCUAUUGUAGUUGUAACAAGUGUUGUUUAUAUGGGAGUGACCUUCUACAUUAAUGUACAUCGGCCUAAGGUGAUAUACAAUGAGAAUUUAAGAAAGGCCGAAUCUGUCUUUGAAUGGGUGUGUGCCCAGACUAGUCUUGCCCGUAGUGAUUUAGCUACUAAGAACUUCGUCUUAUCUAUUAUUCAAAACUCCUACAACGAACAGCCGGAAGAAAAAGUGGCAGGAGCUGAGAAGUUACUUGCCUCGUCAAUAGGCUUCUUUAUGUUCCUAUCAUCUGAUGCGCUUUCUCUGGCCGAGCAAGAAGGGUAUGAUGCACUUUGGGUACGAAUUAUCCUGCACGGGAUAAAACUCUAUGCCUGGAAACUUGCCACCUUAGAAGCACAUGUGAUUAAAGAGUUGGUCAAUAAGCAUAACGAGUUCUAUCGCAAGCAAGCAACCGAAAAUAACCAAGGCACAAGUAAUUCUAACAACCAAAAGAAGCCUUCAUUUCCACUAGCCAAAGAGAUAAUCUUAGUCAUUGCCGCCCAUAAUAACUUUGGCGGAUUUACUGAGCGCUGCCAAGCACUUUAUAACCGGCUGUAUAAGUAUCCAUGGGCCCGGGACUAUCACAAGCAUUACCAACUCAACUUACCCAUUAUGGAUCUUCUUUUUAACAUAGACCUACUUUCCUAUCUUGUUCCUCUAUCUUUAAAACAACGCCAGAACAUCAGCAGUAUUUUAGACGAAGUCGACAACAUCCUCUUUAAGCUCGAACAAUCUACCACAACAAUAACCUCAACUAUUUCCAACCACCAUUUCAGCAAUCCAGUCCAAUCACUCCUCAAUGAACUCACUCAAUGUAUCAAUUGUAUGCUCACCAUAGCCACCGCCAUGAGAGCCGCCGCUUACUAUACACAACAAGAAGCCGCCAAUGAUCUAUCGGAUACCACAACCUUCCCAAUAGAGUUAUAUUAUACCACAACCCAAUCUUUAACAGUCGAACAUGGACUUAAUUCAUAUAUAAUCAUCCCAAUCCUCAUGACAUACACCAAAACCAUAGAUUUAUACGUCAACCGCAAACACUGUGAUGUUUUCUAUCACCUAUUCCCUACUUCCUAA